CACUUCAAAAACUCACUCACACACAAAAUUAUUUUAAUUUUAAAAUAAUCUUAAAAUCAUAAUUUUUUAAUCAAAUUUAUAUAACUGAAAAAUCACGUGAUUGUGAAUGUCAUGUAACGUGCAGAAGAAGAAGAUAGUGCAGUUGUGUAAAUAAAUAAAUUUAGCGUGUUUCUGCAGAUUUGUCUUUAUUUUAGUUGUUUUCUGUAAUUUUCGGUUCCCAAAAAACAAUGCUUUCAAAUUUGAUCAUCACCAGUCAACGUUUUGUGGUAAUAAUCGACGAAACAGCUCAGGAGAAGAUUGCGCACAAUAUACUCUGUCAACUGCUACGCGAGCAGGGACAAGAUGAAAAGUCCACCAUAAAAACACUGCCAUUUAGUACAGAUUUGAAGAAUUGGCCAACCUUCAUAAAUUUCUAUAAAAAAUGCGCAAACGAUGAAAGUAAAUGUAAUGCCAUUUUGCCGCCACUCGCCGAUCUAUUGUGCUAUCAAAGUGUUGAGAAAAUCAUACAUUUCGUGCAUAGACUACAGCAGUGUGAGCAGGUGCAACGCGUCUUGCUCUGGGUAACACCGGCUAAUCUUGUUCACGCACGUGCGGAUUAUUUGGUAGCCGCUUUUGAAUAUCUAGCCGAUUUAGUGUUGCACCUAGAGACAAGCAACACUUUGUCCAUUGUGAUACGCAAAACCGGUGGUGGCGUAUCGAAUAAAAAAUAUACAUAUACAAAAAAUAAAACUGAAUUCCUAGUUGAGGCAAUACGAACUACACCAAAGACUUCACCAGCAGCCAAGACUUCACCUACUACUGCGGCAACAACUACGAAUACGGUUGGCACAACAUUCAAAAUUGAAUUGAAUGAGGAUGAAAUGGUUGCGCGCAAUACACUCAAGUUGCCUUAUGAAAAAACAUCUGAAACCAAUGAAAGUUCAAUUAUCUACACUCCCGAUGAUGGCGAUGACUUCGAUGAGGAGGAGGAAGAUCCAGAUGAUGAUUUGUGCAUAUAAAGUGUUCCUAAUAUCACUAUUAUUAUUUAUUAAUUACGUUUGAAAUAGAAGGAAUGGAAAUGAGUGCUUCAAAAAAGUUAAAAAUAAAUGUUUUUACUUCAAA